UCGUGCUCGAAGUCGGCCGGGUCGCGCAAUUGCCAUCGCUGGACACCGGUUCAUCCAUGAGGGACGGAUUUGAGGGCCACGACGGAGUCAACAUUCUCGAGGUCGGCCGGGUUGUCAAUACCGAGUUGCUGAAAUUGUGGUAAGCGCAAUCGCCAUCGCUGGACACAGCAUCAUUCAUGACGGCCGGAUUUGAGGACCACGACGGAGUUAAGAUUAUCACGGUCUCUUGCGUGCUCGAAGUCGGCCGGGCCGCGCAAUUGCCAUCGCUGGAUACCGCGUCAUUCACGAAGGCCGGAUUUGAGGACCACGACGGAGUAAAGAUUCUCGCGGUCUCUUGCGUCCUCGAAGUCGGCCGGGUCGCGCAACUGCCAUCGCUGGACACCGCGUCAUUCACGAAGGCCGGAUUUGAGAACCACGACGGAGUCAAGAUUCUCGCGGUCUCUUGCGUGCUCGAGGUUGGCGAGGCGAUUCCGGUGGACACUGCAUUGCCUAACCCAUUCACCUGGUCAAGUUGGGAUCUAGUUGAAAUUUACCAACGCCGACGGAUGAAAUAACAAAAUCAGCUGAAUGGGACGGCGUCUCGUUGUUGGAAUUGCCUAAGAAUCUUCCGAUGUUCGGAACACCGGAAUCGUUACUCGUAGCUUCCGGCAUUUCUUCGUCCAGUGGCUCGUGUCGGUCUAGCAGUAGACUUCCGCAGUUCGCAUCCGGCAUAUCUUCAUCCUGUAGCUCGUGUUUUGUGAUAAAACUUUCAAACCAAUCCGGCGUCUCUUCUUCUAACGGUUCGGCCGGGAAGGAUUGAGGAUUAUCUAAAUGCUCAACAGACCAUUCAGCGGAAUCCACACCCGGAGGCGGGUCCGUAUCCAAAAAUUCCACCGAUCAAUCUUCUCCAAACUGGUCCAUCCUCACACUCAAGUAGCAGCAGAAAAAAAAA